CUGGGAAAGGUAUUUAGCAUUCUAGUUAUCGUCGAUAUCAAAUUGCGCCGCCACCAACCGUUAAAGUACUCCCCCGCGCCUGUACUUCUCUCAGCACUACUGGCUGUUGCAUUCCAUACAUAGUACAUAUCUUUUGCAAACAAAGCUAAUCAUCCACCCCCGGGGGUACCUGCAUCAUGGUCACCUCAAAUACGCCCUUUAAACCGUCGCCGUUAUCCUUCAGCUCUCCUCGUGCCUCUCCUUUUCGUCGUCCCUCUACGCCGAACUCUCCGCCCACAGGGAUCACGCCAGGGAGUUCACCCAGCCGAGGAUACACCCCGGUAGUGUCUCCAAGCAAACUGAAUCAGUCAUAUACCAUUGAGCACGAAGAUGCUUCGCCAACUAGUCGAGAACGAAUCCCCCAACCCCGAUUUUCAAGAGAGUCCCCAUCUGCAUCGCCAACCAGAGGGGCCAAUUCACCAGAUCGGUCACCGAGGAUGGGUGUCCGGUCGAUGGGCAUGACGGCGGGUUCGUCAGAUGCAGCUUCUAAACUAGCGCCGGCGCAACUCCGAGAAAUCAGAGAGGCUUUUCAGGUUCUCGACCGGGAUAAUGAUGGAUCGGUGAACAAGGACGAUGUCGCAGAUGUGCUUGUGAAUGUUGGUCAAGAUCCGUCUAUGUUAUCCGACUUCUUCCCCCCGGGGAGCCCUGAAACUAUCAACUUCCCUACAUUCUUGAACAUCUUGUCCGGUCUACUCGCGCCGUUGUCGUCACGCCAAGAACUAGUGAAUGCGUUGGCCGCUUUUGAUGAGGACGAUAGCGGCCAGAUCAACGUGGGGGAACUUCGCGACGCUCUUUUACACACGACUCCGGACGAGGGAGAGCUUCCGCUCACCGAACGAGAGAUCAACGAAGUUCUGAAUGGGUUUACCGGGCGCAGGGCUUUUGGAGCCAAGAGCAGUAAGGGUCCUGGAGGAGGAAAGCGAGGGGAGGUAUUUAGAUACCCGGAAUUUGUGGAUGGGGUCCUGGGAGGGACCCAGAAUGGACAAGCAAAUGGACGGCAGGAAGCUUGACGCUUGGAUUUACCGUUCAAUGACCGGGUUCUGGCGUUCUCGGACUUGAUGACUAUUGUUUACAUACAGCUCUGGAAGCUUUAUUCCUCAUGUAUCCAUCUAUUUCUAGUGCUUUUGAGGUGGGACGACCCUGGAUAUGAUGCGACGGUGCUACAUGAGACGUCUCAGAGUGGCAAAUUAAUAUGAUCCUGUUUGAUAACGAGAGAGUGGGAUAUGG